UUACGUAGUGGUUCACUACGCACGCAGCGUGUCCCUGUUCUAUUGACUGGGAAGCCCCUAGCGCGGAGCUGCCAACGCCCGGCGUAAAGACACAAACAGAGUAUACGAUCUUGAAUGAGUAGCGAAGACUGUAAAACACAGCUAUGCAGACCAUCAAGUGUGUUGUAGUUGGGGACGGUGCUGUGGGUAAAACCUGCCUGCUCAUCUCUUACACCACAAACAAGUUUCCCUCUGAAUAUGUACCUACGGUGUUUGAUAACUAUGCUGUAACUGUAAUGAUCGGAGGCGAGCCCUACACUCUGGGCUUGUUUGAUACAGCAGGUCAGGAAGACUACGACAGGUUACGACCUCUGAGUUACCCCCAGACAGAUGUCUUCCUCGUCUGUUUCUCCGUCGUGUCCCCCUCCUCCUUUGAAAAUGUCAAAGAAAAGUGGGUUCCAGAGAUCACUCACCACUGUCCAAAGACCCCUUUCCUGCUAGUUGGGACUCAGAUUGACUUGCGGGAUGACCCAUCUACUAUAGAGAAGCUGGCCAAGAACAAGCAGAAGCCCAUCACCCCGGAGACAGCCGAGAAGCUGGCGAGAGACCUCAAGGCUGUGAAAUAUGUGGAGUGCUCAGCCCUUACGCAGAAAGGCCUAAAGAAUGUGUUUGAUGAGGCGAUAUUGGCUGCAUUGGAACCCCCAGAGCCCAAGAAGAAACGCAAAUGUGUGCUGCUAUGAGAGGCUCCUCCCUUUUCAAAGCGCACACACCUAACACAUGCAUCCAUCUUAAAUAAACACACACACGCACACGCACGCACACACACACACACAAACACACGCAAACACAAGCCCCCCGCCCCAGCUCCCCAAUCCCUUUUCCUUUGCUCUGCUAAGGCUGGUUGACAGCAUUGUCCUCCACAGGGAAGACUAGAAAGAAAACAGCCUACCAAGUUCCAGAUAAUUGUCUGCAAUAAUAAGAAGCUUCACCCCAUAAGUCUGAGUUUUUGGGACAAAAGAUCAACCUAACCCCGGCAAACAGGCCGCUGUGGGCUCCGGGGCAGGGUGGCGUGGCCUCGGACGGGGACGCAGACACCGUGCUUACGUACAAGUAGAGUUCAUUCUGUCGAGCGUCUGAUAGAUUGAUUUUGACUCGGCCGGUGCCGUGGCCCUAAUCAACUUUUAGAUGCCCAGCCAUUUAGUUGUCCUCAGCCAGUGUAAAGGUUUUGUGGAUAUAAGCCCCGCCCCCAAGCCCAUCCCGGCUGCCUGAUUGGCGGCUGCCCGCGCUGACGGACCCGCCCCCUCUGUUGACGAGCACACGUGAUCCCCUACGUUCUCUCUCAGCACUACCAGAAGAAAUGCUAACAGAGUAGUGUUGUUUUGUUUUUGUUUGCCAACACCCCCCUUUUCUCCACAAACACACGAUGACACGUCUGAGAUAUUUAUUCCAUGUUCCACAUAGACGCGCUCUUAACCACUAAGGAAACUGUGCAGGUCUCACGGGACUCGGUAAGGCUAAAUCUCCACACAACUCUCACCGGGGAAAUUGAACUAGUCAAUAUUGCCACCUAGUAUCCAGUCCUCUCAGUGUGGACUUUUCUCAGUGCAGAGUCGCAGUCCGUUUGGAGUGUGGUAAUCACUUGAAGAGCUAAAGGCAUCCAGUAGUAACGGGUCCGCUAGUCGACCACAGGAAUUGGCCUUUUAGAAGCAGGGAACUUAAACAGUGUUAGCGGAACAAGCGGUGUGUUCUUUUAUGCGUUGCCAGGGACCAAGGGAGGGUAAAGCAGGAUCCGGUUGUUAACAUCGUCAUCACCGUACACUUAGAGCGGGUCCAACAGAGACGUCCGUGUGAAACAAAUGUUCCCACUGGCAGCCAAAUCUAAAGAUCCAUUUUUAGAAAACUGAUCAAUGAACAUGAAUUUCCACCAGAAUUCUGUGCCAGGUCAGAAUUUGGUGCCUUCCCGUAGUGUGUUUUUAUCCAGGCUGUGUGUCUGAGGUGUGAAGGGCUGUCCGCUCUGUUGGACCCACUCAAACUGUACGGUGCUGCAUGUAGCUGAGCCUUGGUCUCUGUUCUAAAUGAUAGAUUUAACAGAUGUAAUUAUAAUGUAAGCUGGCACACAAUGUUGAUGUAGGCUCCAGGUGUUUUUACCAAAAUCUUUUUUUUGUUUCUUUUUGUUUAUUUCUGUUUGUGUUUUAUUUUUUAUUUUAUAUAUAUAAAUAUAUAAAAAAAAAAGGUUACUUUCACUCCUUUUACAUUUAGGGGUCGGAACUCAUCUGAACUCUUACCUGCCAGUUUAUUUACCAAGAUAACCAAAAGAUUGGUUUAGUUGAAUAAAAACCUCCAAUGGCAGAGAGACUGUUUAGUAAUUUGGUAAUUCUUGUGAUUGGUUGGUUCUUGUUUUUCUUAACUGGUGGCUUAGAGUUGGGUUGAUAUCCAGUCCAAGUCAGUAUAAUUAUUAUAACCUGUUGUUGUUUUGGUGCAAAACCAAAUGCUUUGUCUAAAGUCUUUGUUCUUUGUAUAUGCAUUCUUUUCAAAAAUAUUAAACUUAUACCUUAAUUGCCUUUA